GAAAUCUUUGGUCAUACCCUGAUCCUGACCCUACUUGAAUUUCGAGCCGUGGCCGAAGCCGAGAACCUCUGGCCGCGUCGCCAGUGCUUUGCAAGUCCCAGCCUUGCCUUUUGCCGCCCUGAUCAACCACUACGACUAUGAAGAGGGUACACGCACAGCAAGCCGAAGCCAACUCCGUCCGCAAAAGUCAACAUGGUCAUCCCAAACGAAAGAGUCACCGUCGCUCACCCUGGGCCUGUGACGAAUGUCGACUCCGCAAACGCAAGUGCGAUGGCUCACAGCCUUGUCAGCCUUGUGUAGCAUCUGACCUAGAAUGCGCAUAUCAAUUUCGUCGACCGGCCCCUCCGCCGACACAGAGAAUACGGAUGCUAGAACAACACCUUCGCCAAGCAUAUCUGCUUCUUCAGAGCCAUGCUCAGCAUCACCCGCGCUCAGAUCAAUUGAGCCUCAAACCAGUAUUGGACAUUUUGAACUUUGGGGUUGCCCCGUCAGGACCGUCGAACACGGUCGAUUGGCAGGACGACCUCGGCCGGGGUUCAAACAUCAAUAGCAUGCUGGCAGGCUGUCGACGCCUAAUUUCAUCACCACCGUGGAACACCUCCCUUUACGGACCCCUAUCAGAAACCGCCUUUAUUCUGCGUACACUAGAGAUCUUCAAUCUCGACAGAGCAGGUGUCCGCCAGGCUUUGCUGCCUAUUCUCGGAAUAUUCGACCUGCCGUUACCUACGACUACAGAACCAAAGGGACACUUUAAUCUUCCGCGACUUUCAUUGCCUUGGACCCCAAACAAUUUGCCCAACAGAGACGAUGCUACGCGUCUGCUAGACUCGGUGUUCAAGCGCACGCAUCCAUGCCUCGAUUUUCUCCAUGAGGCAUCUUUCUGCAGUAUGGUCACUAUACUUUACAGCCAGUCUCCGGAAGAAAACGAUACCCGAACUCAGUUCUUACCCCUCUUCCACCAAGCGAUUGCUCUAGGCUACCUUUGGGAUCGUGACUGGCAUCGACAACAUGGAUGUCAGGUUGCCAUGGACAGUGCCAUGUUCCACUUCAAGAUUGGACAGAAACUCCUCGAUACCACACAGUUGGACUCUCUGAUGUCUUUGCAAGCACUCUUGUGCAGCGCAAUCUUUCUCAUCUCCACUUCACGAAUCUCUCGCGCCUACACAAUCCUCGGUCUGGCGUCUUCCACCGCCAUUAGACUCGGCCUCCAUUGCGACGUCACCGCAAAGCCAAACAUUGCAUGGCAGGAGCGCUCUAUGCGCAUAGCGGCCUUCAUGAGCCUCGGAAGACUCGACCUAUACGCCAGCCUCAUGCUCGACCUGCCCGCUCUCCUGCCAGACACUGUUCUCGAUACUGGUAUCAACACAGUCUAUGCCACACUUGGCCACUGCUCCACGCGUGAGCUUGACAAAAACAUAGAGGCCUCCAUCCAGCACUUGGAGCUAUUGAGAUUCACGAGCACAACCCGCCGAGCGGUCUUUACGGAUGUCACGACUGGUGAGGCAGUAGAAUCCAUCGAUUCAAACCUUCUGGCCGCCUUGGACGAAAGGCUUCGUCAGUGGACGCAGAAAAUUUCUCAUCUUCUUGCACAAGUCACCCAAAAAGAAAGAAACUCCGAGUAUGUGACCAUGCUUUCCUUUGACACUCUAGCUUCCAUCGAGCAAUUGACCGCGCUGCGCUGCUAUAUGAUGUCCUCGCCAGGCGUCUCGCCGACCGAUUGCCGGGCCAUCGGCGCCGGAAGAUGUCAGUAGAUACCAGUCUUUCUUUUUUUGCUAACCGACAAGCACAGGAUAUCCCGUCACCUUGAAAUGGCGUGCAACUUCGCACAACUCAGCUUUUACAGGCCAUUCCUACCAUAUCUCCGUAUCAUGGCUGAAGGGAAAGCCAUCCCUCUUUCGCAUUCACGCCACGCGCUUGCUUGCAUCAAGUUGGCUUCCACGACCAUUACGCGUCUCGAGUCAAACGCGCUUGCGAUGCCCGAUGUCCUCCUAUCAUGGGACACAACGUAUACACUGUUCCUGGCGAUCAUGUGUCUCGUUUUCCUGAUAUCUGCGCACAAGGGAACCUCUCGUCCCAGCGAGGCGUGGAAACGAUGUGAAACUGGCAUCCGACUCCUGACCAAAAACGCUUGCAUGGAGAACUGUGCAACGACCUGUCUCAAGAUGCUCAAAGAGGUGGUUCGGCAAUUGAAUCAUACGGUUGAUUUCGACUUUGACUCCAUCCAAGACAGCACCGGCAGAAUCUGUGCGCCGAAGCCUUCGCCACGUCGCUCCGUGGUCCGUCGUCAUUCCCAGGAUCUUGACGUGUGGUGGAAUCGAGCCGAAGCCGAACGCACGACGAAACCUUCGGUGUUGACUGGGGUGACUGGGAGCCCGAGGAUACCGGCAAUACCCUCAUCUUUGCUACAGGAUCAGCCUAUGGAUGUUGAUGCAAUCUUAGCGCACGCUGAAGAUCUCGCGGUUGGCAUUGACCUUGAAGCAGUUUUGAACCAUGGUCACGAUGGGAGCAGCACUCCUCUCUUCUUGUUCGCCGGAACAAAUGAUUAAAUAUAGCGGAAUGAAAUCAUGACGUCUUUGUUUUGCC